UUUUUUUUUCUCUGACUUUUUUUUUAUUGUGAUGGAGACUCUUAACAAGAAGACAACCCCGAUCAGCUUUGCUGCUGCUGCUGGCAAGGCACCCUCGCCAGCUCCAGGCUCAUCUGCAGCUCAGACUCAUGCACAGGGGCAAGGACAGGGACAGGGACAGGGGCAGGGACAACAAGGAGCAGGAGCAGGAGCAGGAGCCUCGAAGAAUAGUGGCGCUCCUGGAUCGCAGUUGUCUUCAUCUUCAGCUGCAGCUGGAACAGGAACAGGAGCAGGGACAGGGAUAGGAGCAAAAGCAGACAAGAAUGUGUCUACAUCAGCUUCUUCUGCUGCAUCCAAUCCUAAUUCCUCGGGUAGUCUGGACUGGAUUAUUGGAUUGAAUGUCAAGGUCGUGACACAGGCUGAUGAGACUUUUGAAGGCCAGGUCUACGCCUAUGACACGAUCAUGAACUGCCUUGUACUUCAGAGCCUAUCCAAGUCAACUACCACAACAUCGACCCCUACUUCUACCUAUUACAGUCCAUCGAUUGGAAAUAAUCCUCCCCGACCAAAAUAUGAUUUUAGGAUCUUGAAGAUCAAUUACAUCAAGGACGUCACACCACUCCCUGCAAGCAAAAAUGGUGUCGAAUCGAAUACCACAACACCUAUGGAUGUAUCUUCUGAUAAAGAAACAGGCAAGAACAUCGGCAACAGUACAAAUGGCACUAUCAGUAGUAAUGUUUAUGCAACAGCGUUACCAACAAUCGGCUAUGUACACCUGGAUAAGAUACAGCAACGGGAACAACAGGCAGUUCGUGAAGCACAGGCAGCAGCUGCACGUAUUGGUGUGGGCGUAUCAAGCGCUGGACAGGAUAUUUUCGAUGCUUUAAGCAAGACAUUACCAUGCCGCUGGUCAAAGGAUUCUAUUAUUGUAAUGGAUGAGGUCAUUAUCGAGCCUCCAUAUGAGCCUGACAACUGCAAGGCAAAUGCCUCAGCAUCAUACAUUCUUGCACGCGUUAAGAAAGUGUUGGAAGGAGAAAGGUUGCGUUUGGCGAACGGACGCCGUUAAGAUUGGCGUGUGCUAUGAAAAUAAAC